UUAUAACCCUUGAGAAACUCAAAAUAAAGGCUCUGGGAAAUACACAGGAUUUCAAAACGUUACCGUCAAAAUCUGGUCCCCUUCUCGUCUUCUCACUCUACCCCAGCCGACGCUCCAACGCUUCACCGCGACGGCUCCACUUGUUGUGCGGCGGCGAUAUAAUCGCAAUUGUCCAAUCCCACUUCUUACCUAGUCUCUGCGCUCAUCUUCGCGACGCUCAGCAAACGUUUUCAGUCCCCAUUAUGGCCGACGUUUCAGUUGUAGCUUGGUGGACAUUUGAAUGCUAAAUGAGAUGAAUUGGUCAGAAUUAGCAGGAUUUUGUGGUUUUGUACCAUUUGUUGGCCUUUUGGGGGCUCAAGAUGAUUGGAUCUUUUCUCACUAGAGCACUUGUGCUGAUAUUUGGCUAUGUUUAUCCUGCAUAUGAAUGCUUUAAAACUGUGGAGAUGAAUAAGCCUGACAUUAGCCAACUUCGGUUUUGGUGCCAGUACUGGAUUUUGGUGGCUGGAUUGACUGUAUGUGAAAGGAUUGGUGACAUGUUCAUUGGCUGGGUUCCAAUGUAUGGUGAAGCUAAGUUGGCCUUCUUUAUAUACUUAUGGUUUCCAAAAACUAAGGGAACUGCUUAUGUUUAUGACUCCUUUUUUAGACCAUAUGUUGCUAAGCAUGAGACAGAAAUUGAUCGUAAUUUGUUAGAGCUAAGGUUAAGAGCUGGAGAUAUGGCUGUCUCAUACUGGCAGAAGGUUGCGAACUAUGGUCAGACUAGAAUUUUUGAUAUUCUGCAGUAUAUUGCUUCACAGUCAACUCCACCUCGACCAGUUCAGAGAGUCGAGAAACCUGGAAUGCCAUCGACCCGCACAUCGACUGUUGCUUCGCAGCCACAAAAUGGACAACCCGGAUCUCCUGCUUCCGAUGCGUCUUUGAGCGAGCAGCUAGAUGACUCAACAGAUGAAGCAGGGCCUUUGCAAGAUUCAAAAGCUAAAGCUGUGCCUGCGGUCUUGAGUGAACAAAAAACCACUCCAACCCUGCCCCUUGUUGAAACGGCAAAAUCUUCGACUUCCAGUGAAGUUCAGGUAAUGCAAGUUGAUUCAGUCCCUCCGGUACCAAAGGAAGCCGCCGCGCAACCUCCCCCACAAGAAGUAGUCAUGGAAGAACCUGUCCGAGUGACACGAGCUAGGUCUCGGAGAACACGUGCUCCAUCAUCGGAUCGCUGAAACAAGGAGAGUAGUUAUUCAACAUGUAAUUACUUGCAAGGUGAAUGGGAUAGUGUUGUUGGGUUGUUGAUGUUGAUAUACAUUCUGCCACUGUCAACAAUACAAGCUAUAGUUUCAUAAUUCAAACAAAUAAAAAUUCCAAAUCAA